AACGAGGAUCCCCCGCUGAUAUGUUCCCUGGAUGGUCACGAAAAAGUGCUGAAGUACCCGGAGCUCCUCUGUUCGCACAUCGUAUUCUUGUCUGCUGUUGUGGUCAGCGCCAGCGAGGUGAAGCCGGCAGAUGGACUGGAUGCUGGCUUGCGGCGAUUCAAGGAUCUGAGGAGGAUUUACGGCCGCGUAAAGAAGCUGUUGUCCUUCAACGUGGCCGAGGUAAGCGCUUUCAGCAUGAACGACAUCCACACGGCCUACCUCUCGAUUGCCAGUGAUUGGCUCGAUGGCAUCGACAUCCGUUACAUGAGCGGCAACGAGCCGUCACUCCAUCUCUUUAAGGAUCUGCGGAAGCUCGCUGAUGGCAAGGGCUAUAUCAUUCACGGCAUCUUCGACAGCGUCAAGAUGGACGUGAUGAAGGACUUCCACAUCGCCACACUACGGGUGUACAAAGAGCUGACGCCACCAGGUCCCUUCAAGGCCGUGUCGCCACAGCGGACUGAAGAUGUGGAGAACGGCGUCAGUGCGUACGAAUCGGCGGUAACUGGUGCCAACCUAAAUGCGUAUGGAAACCACUGCAUUGCCUUCACCUUGGCUGCCGUGCAGUACAACGGGGCUAAGGCACUCGGCGAUAACGCCGUGGAUUUCGCUAAGGUGCCGUAUUGCUCGGAUGAGUAUGAGAGAAAAGGCUCUGCCAUGAACCCAAAUGGCCAUUCCCAUUUUGUACGGAAUGAUAAAGUGGACUCACUGUUUGUAUUUGAGGAUCCUAAAGAUUUUAAAAACAAGGUCUUGAAGAUUGGCCGUUUGCCGAACGCGUGCCUAGUCAUCGACGACGUCUACUACGAUAGGCACAGAUGCUCGUGCGACGAUACCAAUUUUAAGCUGCUGAAGACAGCUCGCAAAGUACUGUGGCAGAGCCUGAGGGGAUAA